AGCGGGGCGUGGACUCCGGACGACUAGUCCCCUCUCCCCGAGUUCAGCAGACGACCGACUUUCUUUCGGGGGGAAAAAAAACAGCAAAGAAAGCAAAGAAAGAAGGAAGAGAAUCCGAUCGACUCGCGGCCGGCCACACGUUCCCGAUCCCAACAGAGAUACAAAGGGGGAAACAGUCAAGGGAGGAAACCCACGGCACAGCAAUGGAUGACAUCUUCACACAGUGCCGGGAGGGGAACUCUGUGGCUGUUCGUCUGUGGUUGGACAACACUGAGAAUGACCUCAACCUGGGGGAUGACCACGGCUUCAGCCCCCUCCACUGGGCAUGCAGGGAAGGGAGGAGCGGAGUUGUGGACAUGCUCAUCAUGCGAGGCGCCCGUAUUAACGUGAUGAACCGCGGAGACGACACUCCGUUGCAUCUCGCCGCCAGCCACGGACACAGAGACAUCGUGGCAAAGCUGAUUCAGUGCAAAGCCGACCCCAAUACAGUCAACGAGCAUGGAAACACACCACUUCACUACGCCUGCUUCUGGGGCCAAGACGAAGUGGCAGAGGACUUGGUGACCAGCGGUGCCCAGGUGUGUGUGUGUAAUAGGUAUGGACAGACACCUCUGGACAAGGCAAAGCCUCACCUGAGCCAACUGCUUCAAGAAAAGGCAGAGAAACUGGGUCAGAGUUUGAUCAAAGUACCCUACAAGGAAACCUUCUGGAAGGGAACCAUGCGAACACGACCUCGUAACGGUACCCUCAACAAGCAGGCCGGUAUUGAUUUCAAGCAGCUUUCGCUCCUGGCAAAGAUCAAUGAAAAUCAGUCUGGAGAGUUAUGGCAGGGACGGUGGCAAGGAGACGAAAUUAUAGUGAAGGUGCUUCAGGUGAGAGACUGGACCACCAGGAAGAGCAGAGACUUUAACGAGGAGCAUCCGAAACUCAGGAUUUUUUCUCAUCCAAACAUACUGCCUGUUCUUGGGGCCUGUCAGUCACCUCCAUCGCCCCACCCCAUCAUCAUUACCCACAACAUGCCGUACGGAUCCCUCUUCAACAUACUGCACCAGGGAACUACUCUGGUGGUCGACCAAAGCCAAGCAGUGAAGUUUGCGUUGGACAUCUCCAGUGGCAUGGCUUUCCUUCACACCUUAGAACCAAUGGUUUCCCGGCUUUACCUCAACAGUAAGCAUGUCAUGAUCGAUGAGGACAUGACAGCCAGAAUAAGCAUGGCGGAUGCAAAGUUCUCCUUCCAGUGUCCCGGUCGUAGUUACUCCCCAGCGUGGAUGGCCCCUGAAGCCCUGCAAAAGAAACCUGAAGACAUCAACAGAAGAUCUGCUGACAUGUGGAGCUUUGCCGUGUUAUUGUGGGAGCUGGUUACCAGAGAGGUCCCUUUUGCUGACCUCUCACACAUGGAGAUAGGCAUGAAGGUGGCUCUCGAAGGCCUUCGGCCAACCAUUCCACCAGGGAUUUCCCCUCAUAUCUGUAAGCUGAUGAGGCUGUGCAUGAACGAAGACCCGGCCAAGAGACCCAAGUUUGACAUGAUUGUCCCCAUUCUGGAAAAGAUGCAAGACAAGUGAAGGCCUUCACUGCAAUCUGCGCACUCCUGUCCCACCUUGUAUUUUUAUCAAACCACUUCACACUCAAUGAUGUAUCUGCCUAGCCACUGUAAAUAAUAUAAGAGACCACUUUUGCUUCACAAUCUGAAUAAUACGUGCUAUAUUGCUGUUUAAAUUAAAUUUGAGAUAUAAAUGUUUAUUAGUCCAUGUGCUCUUUUAUAAUGGCUGAAAAAAUAAUUGGCAAACUGGCCAAGAAUCCAGUGUGGAGUCAGACACCUGAUCACACCCACAACUGAUCCAAAGAAAUGUGUGCAGAACCAAAGCUUUUAUACACAAUGCAAUAAACAUUUUAUAUUUAUGACAAA